ACGGAUGCAACGAAUUUGGGAAAGGUGGUGACCAGGAUGCAACUGGAGAGGUCGGAAGUGGCGUUCUUCGUGUACACAAACGGAAGUACGCUCAGAUCCAAUUUGACGCAGAGAUUCCAGAUGACAAAUUCAGCACUGGAAUCCAUGAGCAGUUGGCCUCCAAUUUAUCUUCCUGAAAAUGAAGGCAGGAUUGUUUCUUUGGACAAGGAGACAUUUCUCAAUCGACUAGGAGAAUUCAGGCUAAAAAUAAGCUCAGAGGAAAGCUCAAUGACGGAAGUAUUAAAUUGGUAUACGUCUGUAAACGCCGCCCUCUUGGAUCAUCUUACGAAUCAGAUCAAAGAAACGGAUAGCAGCGGCGUUUGGAGGUAUCUAUUGGCUUUUAAAAACUUAUUGAGAAGCAUCGAAAGCACUGGUAUAGCGAGCGUCUACGGCGUCAACUACUUCGGAAGAGGGCUUCUCCGAGGCAACAACUACAUCUACUACAUCCAUCACGACGCUAUCGCCAAAGACCUGUUGAACGGCUCUUUGAACUACGUCCCGAUGCUCAGAGAUGUAUACAGGAGACUCACGAAAACGAUGACAAAUUACGGAACCAUCAAGAAAAGAGGUGAUAUAAUUGUGCAGAACUCUCAAAGAUCUCCGAACAUAACGGAAGCAAUUGAUUACUUCGACUCUAUUGCUCAGUACACUGAUGAGCUUAGGAAGCUGCAGAAGGAGCUGAGGCAUCAAAUCAGGAACUACGUGAGUGCCAAUUUGCACGAGGCGGCAAACAAGGAAGCGAUUGGAAUUGCGAUCCUCGUCGUCGUUCUGGCCGUGUCUCCUGUAAUAAUUUGGUUAGUUAGGAACGCAGUUUCCACUAUACAACUGUACGCCGCGAAUUUGGGGAUGAAGGCAAAAGAACUGAAGAGGGAGAAAAAGAAAAGUGAUACACUUCUGUUCCAGAUGCUUCCGCCCAGCGUUGCCACUCAAUUGAAACAGACCAGACAGGUUCCAGCCGAAUAUUACGCAUCGGUGACCGUUUAUUUCAGCGAUAUUGUAGGAUUCACUGAAAUUGCAGCAGUCAGUACCCCCUUGGAGGUCGUUACGUUCUUAAAUAAAAUUUACAAGUUGUUCGACGCUCGAAUAGAGUGCUACGACGUCUACAAAGUUGAGACCAUCGGCGAUUCCUACAUGGUCGCAUCUGGUCUACCGGUAAAGAACGGUAGUAAGCAUGUAUCCGAGAUUGCAAGUAUGGCUUUAGACCUUUUGGCUGGAUCUUCACAAUUCAAGAUUCCUCACCGGAAGUCCGAAAGGUUAAGGAUCAGAUCUGGAGCGCACACCGGGCCCGUCGUCGCCGGCAUCGUAGGCUCAAAGAUGCCUAGGUAUUGCCUAUUUGGAGAUACCGUCAAUACUGCUAGCAGGAUGGAAUCCACUGGAGAAGCUUCCAAAAUACACAUAAGUUCUGAAUUCAAAAAAGCUUUGGACGCUAUAGGCGGUUACAGAACUGAGCACAGAGGAUUGGUGGACGUUAAGGGAAAAGGGCCGAUGGACACCUACUGGUUAACCUGCAAAGAGGGCGGUGAACAUCGAACAGUCGAAAUGGAAACUCCAACAUAUUUUCCGGACGAAGAUUCCGAGCCAAUAUUCAUGCGACGACUCCGAGGCGAAUGCUACAUCUAAGCUCUCAUCCAAAACAUUCGCUCUUCAAAAAACUGAAACAUUACAUAAGAGCAAAUAUUACUUAAUAAUUUAUUGUUUUUUAACGCCUCCUCGUUGUAUAUCUCACGUAUUUAUAUUAUACUUAUUUUAUGAUUAUUUUACAUAUUUUUGUUUUUGGUUCGAAACAAUUUGGAUGUGAUGUGUACUAUGUACAUUUACUUUAGGUGUAUUUAUUUCCCAGCCACCGUUUUUGUGAUACAUAAUUUAAUUUUGUCUGUGAUUUUACGUUGAAUUUUCUUCCGUUCAACUUUCGCGUAUUCUCUUAUAUUUCAAAUCGUUGUUACGUAAUCUAAUUACAAUUCAUUUCGGAAGGCACAAGUAAC